AAAUCUUUAAAUAUCGAUCAGAUGGUUUUGAUUAGUUUAAAAGUUAUUUUUAAUUAAUAUUUUUUGAAUUAAAGUUUAAAAAAUAUGUUAAAAACCACAUUUAUAUAACUGUUGCAAAAUAAAAUUAAAGCAAUGGGUAGAGCAAUUUCAAAAAUUAAGCACCCCUGGAGAGAUUUUAAUUUGGAAUCUAGGGCAGAAAAGGUUAUUAGCAAUCCAGUAAAAACAGCAGCUCCCAGGCAUAAAAAAGACGCCUUGGACCUGGAACGUAUGAAACAGGAAUAUCCAGAAGUUUUUGCAGAAAGCUUAAGAAAAAAUGAGACUCUAGAUAAAUAUCUAAAAGAUGUGUAUGUUGUUUCAAAUGAAGAGAAACCAGUAGAGAAAGCACUGGAAACAAAUCCUUCUAGGGCUUUGCCUCAAGACAGAGCACAACCUGAACCGUAUCUCUUUGGGCACAAAGAGCCAGACGUCAUCCCUCCCGGAAAAACUACUUUAAGAAAUGCUCUGAAAUUCAUUUCACAACAUCAGAAUGAACCUAGAAAAUACACACCAGAACAUAUUGCAAACGAGCAUAAUAUACCUGAAGAUGUAGUGAAAAAAAUACUUGAAAACUAUAGGGUGUUUCAAAUAUAUGAGCCACAAGAGAGUUCUAAGACCAGAGCAACUUUUGCUGGUCCUGCAAAGCCAAUAGUGGAAGUAAUUCGGGAACCUGUGAAGUCGCUGCCGCAACCCGAAGUUAAAAAGGAUAAGGGUGAUACUUGAUAGUAGUGGAUUUAGAUAGCUGUAAAAAUUAUUUUUUCUGUUUGGAAUAAUAGUGUGUUAUUGUUCCUUUGGUACAUUGGAAGCUCUAUUGUUGUAAUUAUUGUGGAGUCCAAUGAAAACAAUAAAGUAAUUGUUAUGUUUU